UCAGAAUUCUAACAGUCGAACAGAGAAGUUAGAAAAAAAGGGGAAUUUGUAGAGAGAGCGAAAAUUCUCAUCACAUUUUCUCCAUUGAAGAGAGAAAUUCAGCUUUUCUGAGCUCAUUUCAAUGGCGUCGAACUCGACGGAGAGCGAUGCGAAGCCGGGAUUACGGAAACCGGUUUUUGUAAAAGUGGAGAAUCUGACUCCCGGUACUAAUGGACACACACUCAUCGUGAAAGUUUUGGAAUCCAAUACUGUUCUGCAGAAGGGACGUUCUGUGUCGCCGCACCUUCGGAACACUCGUAUUGCUGAAUGCCUCAUCGGCGAUGAGACCGGAACGAUUCUCUUCACUGCUCGCAACGAUCAAGUUGAUCUGAUGAAGGCUGAUGCAACUGUCAUCCUUCGGAAUGCUAAGAUCGACAUGUUCAAGAGCACCAUGAGACUAGCUGUGGACAAAUGGGGACGCAUCGAGGUUACUGAACCUGCUGCAUUUGAAGUGAAACAGGAUAACAAUCUCUCCCUUGUUGAGUAUGAGCUGGUGAAUAUGGAGUGAACAAAGGAUCUUUUUAGUGAAAGCGCUAACUAGUUGAAGUUCAUAGUUCUACUACCAGGUUUAGUACUAUUAUCCUCCAUUUUGUUGCAGUUGUGGUUCCUUUGGAAUUGGAAAGUACU